UGAAGAAAGGGGAGGACAAUGGUAAGGUACGAGAAAGAGAAGCCCUUGGUAUCCAACGUUUAAUUAAUUUUACAUUAAUAUUUCCGAAGGAGAUCUUCUUGACAGAUAAAUGCCUGUGGCUGUAACGAUACCCGGUUAUCAACACCGCAUCUACGCUUCACUCUUCACCAUCGCCAAGGCCAAGAAAACCACCAUGGCCAGCACCAGCACCAGCAAUUCGGGUGCAUUCACUACAAUCCAAGAGAGAGUCACCUUCGAAAAAGAGAUCAAGAAAUCCAAGUUCAUCGCCAUUGCUGGCCCCAUCUCUGAUGAGAAAUCCGCUAUGUCUUUCCUUUCUCAGGUCCGGGAUCCACGUGCUACCCACAAUUGCUGGGCUUAUAAGGUGGGGGAUCAAUACCGGUCCAAUGAUGAUAGUGAACCUUCAGGUACUGCUGGGAAACCAAUACAUUCUGCUAUUGCUUCUUCAGGAAUAGAUAGAGUAAUGGUGGUUGUGAUCAGGUAUUUUGGAGGUAUCAAAUUAGGCACCGGGGGAUUGGUUAGAGCUUAUGGAGGAGUUGCAUCCGAAUGCCUGAGGAAUGCGCCAACUUGCCUUGUGAAAACAAAGGUGCCAAUGGGUGUAGAGGUCCCUUUUGACCUACUUGGAGUUUUCCACCAUCAGCUGCAGUCUUUUCACGUCGAAGACAUCAAGCAGGAUUAUGAUACCGGUAAAGAUGGCAUAUCAAUGGUUACUUUUAAAGUUGAUUUUGACCAAGCUGAGAAAUUGGAGGAUGCACUGAAAACCAAUUGUAGCCGAGAAUUGAAAUUUUAUAAGCGUUGAGACUUAUACUGGAUUUUGAAUAUAUUUUUUUUGUUAUGCAUGAUGGAUAAAAUGAACUGGACAUGUACAGGCUCGGUAUAUAAAAUUUUGGCUCCAAGUACAUUAAUGCUGGUAAUGGGACUAAUAUGCAGAUAUGAAACAUAU